GGAGUGGACAUGGAGGUCGUUAGACCUGUUCUCCUCAGUCUUUGCAACUGAACACCUCUUCUGUGCUCAGGAGAUUACACAGCAGACUCCGGCUGAAGAUGGCAGAUUUUUCAACAUAUCAGAUAGCUCGAUUUUUUUUUUUUUUGAUCAUGCCUCAGUAUAAUUAAAUAAUCUAUUAUUUCAUGGGAGACAGAAUUCUACAAAUUUCUUCUGUUAUUCCGGGAGAAAUAAUAAGUCAUUGCAGAACACAUUUUCUCAUUUGGCAUUGCUUUGGUAAAGCAUCGUGUUGCCAAAUGAUAAAAGCGGCUUUUUGAAAGUGGAGACCUUGGUUCAGAUUUCUCAAGUAUAUCUGCACUGACACAUUUGCAUUUUCAGUUACUGAAGAGUUUCCUCCUUUCAGAAGUAUCUUCCCAAAUUGCCAACAGAGAGGCCCUGGUGUUUGUGGAAACAGAAGGGCUUUUCCUUUGAUGUAAUCUCAAAGCAGUUUCAACACAAUUGAACACCUGGAAAUUUAAAAAAAAUACAGUUCUCUGAAUACUUUUCCUGGUAAUUUAGAAAAGCCUGCUGUUUUCUCUUCCUGCUUUUUUUUCCAUUUCCCUUUUCUGUUGGUGCUUUUCAAGAAUUACUGCCUUAGAAGAAAACAGGUAAUUUAUGAGGAAAAAGUACAAACUAUCAGAUGUCACAAAACCUAUAUUCAAGGACUUCCAAAAAAGCCAGAAGAUCAAAUUGCUAGUUCAAAGUUGUUGGAUUGCUAGUCAUGUCAUGAGGAUCAGAAGGCUGAGAUUUUUGUAGAAGCUUAGACCAGUGUGAUAGGACUGGUUGGAUCAAGAUAUUUGCUGAAGGGACUAAGCUCAUAGUGACUUCGCCUGCAAAUAGUUACUGAAAACAGUUUUCGUUCUGAAUGCUGGAGAUAAAAGGGCAAAGAAGCACAGUCUCAACACUCAGAAGCUGCCAGUCUGGCAGAUAAGUAUUCUAGAUUCUGGUUUGGUUGGGCCCUGCCCAUGUUCUUUGACCUGUGGCUGCCGGAGAAGCAGAAGGUCUUGGGUUCAUGAGCUUGUUUUCUUUCUUAAUUUAUGUAGCAGUUAUUGCUUACAAGAUCUAUGUAUUGUGUUUGGUGGGUGGAUUUGAUAAAAUGACCCGAUAUUGUUCCUUUAAGGAGAAAAUUAAUAUUAGUACAGUUUAUUGAGAGCCAGACACCAUGGUAAAUAGUUUCAGUGCUUUAUCUCCUUCCUCAUCAGACCUAUGCAGGAGAUCCUCUUAGUCCCAUUUCACAGAUGAGGAAACUGAGGCCUAGAGAAGAGCAGUUACUUUCUUAAAGUCACAUGACUAGUCACUGUGGCAAGGACUGGGAUCUAGAUAAACACCUUGAUGCAGAUGUUUCACCCAAGCCCACUAUAUUUCUUCCUUCCAUUGCUGAAACAAACCUCCAUAAGGCUGGAACAUACCUUUGUCUUCUUGAGAAUUUUUUCCCGGAUGUUAUUAAGAUACAUUGGCAAGAAAAGAAGAGCAACACGAUUCUGGGAUCCCAGGAGGGGAACACCGUGAAGACUAAUGACACAUACAUGAAAUUUAGCUGGUUAACGGUGCCGGAAAAGUCACUGGAUAAAGAGCACAGAUGUAUCGUCAGACAUGAGAAUAAUAAAAAUGGAGUUGAUCAAGAAAUUAUCUUUCCUCCAAUAAAGACAGAUGUCACCACAAUGGAUCCCAAAGACAAUUGUUCAAAAGAUGCAAAUGAUGCACUACUGCUGCAGCUCACAAACACCUCUGCAUAUUACAUGUACCUCCUCCUGCUCGUCAAGAGUGAGGUCUAUUUUGCCAUCAUCGCCGUCUGUCUGCUUAGAAGAACGGCUGUCUGCUGCGAUGGAGAGAGAUCGUAACAGACGGUGGCACAAGGAAGCCAUCUUUUUCUCAUCGGCUAUUGUCCCUAGAAGUGUCUUCUGAGGAUCUAGUUGGGCUUUCUUUCUGGGUUUGGGCUAUUUCAGUUUUCAUGUGUGUACUAUUCUAUCAUUGUUGUAUAAUGGUUUUCAAACCAGUGGGCACACGGAAAACCUCACUCUGUGAUGACAAUGAGGAAUAGCCAUGGCAGUCUCCAGUACCACUCUCUCCAUAUUCUCCACAGCUCCUCCAGCCAACCCAAAUAGCCACUGCCAUGGUGUAGACAGUCCGCGGCUUCUAGCCUUGUCCCUCCCUUAGUGUUCUUUAAUCAGAUAACUGCCUGGAAGCCUUUCAUUUUACAUGUCCUGAAACAGCCUUCUUUGCUAGUUGAAUUAUGUGGUGUGUUUUUCAUAAUAGGCAAAAUAAAUUUUAAAAAAUGAAAAGUUGA